AGGGAAGGUGUUGUCCCCUCAGAGCUCCGAUCCUGAGGUUCCCACACGGUCUCAGAGCGGCUCGCUGAACGACUCGACGGGGGAAGGCCCGGCACACGAUGAACAAACUGAACUUCCACAAUAACAGAGUCAUGCAAGACCGCCGCAGCGUUUGUAUUUUCCUCCCCAACGACGACUCCCUCAAUAUCAUCAUCAACGUCAAAAUCCUGUGCCAUGAACUGCUAGUCCAGGUGUGCGACCUGCUCCGACUAAAAGACUGUCACCUCUUUGGACUCAGCGUCAUACAGAACAAUGAGCAUGUCUACAUGGAGCUGUCGCAGAAGCUCUACAAAUACUGCCCGAAAGAGUGGAAGAAGGAAGCGAGCAAGGGUAUCGACCAGUUUGGCCCCCCGAUGAUCAUCCACUUCCGUGUGCAAUAUUACGUGGAAAACGGCCGGCUGAUCAGCGACAGAACCGCCCGCUACUAUUAUUACUGGCACCUGAGGAAGCAAGUCCUGCGCUCCCAGUGUGUGCUGCGUGAGGAGGCCUACUUCCUGUUGGCUGCUUUCGCGCUGCAGGCCGACCUCGGCAACUUCAAGAGGAACAAGCACUUUGGGAAAUACUUCGAGCCGGAAUCGUACUUCCCCGCCUGGGUAGUUGCCAAGCGAGGGAAGGAGUACAUCCUGAAGCACAUUCCCAUCAUGCACAAGGACCAGUGCGCGCUGAGCGCCUCCGAGGCCCACCUGAAGUACAUCAAGGAGGCCGUGCGGCUGGACGACGUGGCUGUGCAUUACUACAGGCUGUACAAGGACAAAAAAGAAAUCGAGGCCUCUCUGACCCUCGGGCUCACGACACGGGGCAUUCAGAUAUUUCAGAACGCCAACACUGAAAAGCAGCUGCUUUUCGACUUCCCUUGGACGAACGUCGGGAAGCUGGUCUUCGUGGGGAAGAGGUUCGAGAUCCUUCCUGACGGCUUGCCCUCGGCCCGCAAGCUGACCUACUACACGGGCUGCCCGAUGCGCUCCCGCCACCUCCUGCAGCUCCUGAGCAACAGCCACCGCCUCUACAUGAACCUGCAGCCCGUCCUGCGGCAGAUCCGGAAGCUGGAGGAGAACGAAGAGAAGAAGCAGUACCGGGAGUCCUACAUCAGCGACGCCCUGGACCUCGACAUGGACCAGCUGGAGAAGCGGUCCCGAGCCAGCGGGAGCAGCUCGGGCAGCGUGAAGCACAAGCGCCUCUCCCGCCACUCCACCGCCAGCCACAGCAGCUCCCACACGUCCGGCAUCGAGGCCGACACGAAGCCUCGGGACCGGGGGGCGGAGGACGACUUCUUGCCUGCCGCCGUCCACCGCAAACUGAGAGCCUGCAGCUCCAUGACCAGCCACGGCAGCUCCCACACCUCCGGCGUGGAGAGCGGGGAGAAGGAGCGGCUGGAGGAGGAUUCCCAAGAUGAUGAAAUAGAAAUGUUGGUAGAUGACCCGCGAGACCUCGAGCCAUCGAGCGAAACGUCUCUGGACGACAUCAGCCCCGACGUCUGCAUUUAUAUCACGGAGGAUAUGCUGAUGGCGAGGAAGUUUAACGGGCACUCAGGAUUGGUCGUCAAAGAAGUCAGUUCGUCUACCUCCAGCUCCUCAGAGACGGUCGUGAAGCUUCGUGGCCAAAGCAUCGAUUCUUUGCCACAGACGGUCUGCCGAAAGCCAAAGACCUCCUCCGACCGGCACAGCUUGAGCCUGGACGACAUCCGGCUGUACCAAAAGGACUUCCUGCGUCUGGCCACUCUCUGCCAGGAAACGGCCCAGAGCUACACGUUCGGCUGCAGCCACGGACUGGCGGAGGAAGGCCUGUAUUGCAGCGGAUGCCUAGCCCGGCAGUGCGUCAACAUUCAGGACACCUUCCCCGUCAAGAGAACCAGCAAAUACUUCUCCCUGGACCUCGCCCACGAAGAAGUGCCGGAGUUUGUCGUCUGAUGCCGCCCCCUUCCCGAGGGCUGCUUCGGAGACAGUUGCUCUCGCAAGACAGCCCGAGGCCCCGUCGUGGUUUCCUCGAGCUCUUUUUUUUCCUCCUGGUGCCAUAGAGGGAUUUUUCCUCUCCCCGUGUCUUUUCUCUUGGAUCCUUAAAACGUCAAGGCCUUGCCCCUCGUGGCACCGUUACAGACCCCCCUUCACAGGGAAGGAGCCAUUUCUUGUGCCGUGUGGCAGAAUUCGGCCUGGGUUUAAAUUGGUUGGAUUUGGAAGGAAGAGUCUCUUCCUUUGAACGCGACUCGCACAGAACGUUCUUCGUCCUUUCGGGGGGGGUUGACCGAAAGGUGUACAACAUGGGUAACAUUGUCUUCCCCCUCAGUUUUCUCUUUUCACCUCACGGAAGCCCUUAGCGUUUUCCCGCACUUCAUCGUCCUUUCGGGGGGGGGUUGACCGAAAGGUGUACAACGUGGGUAACAUUUUUUUCCCCUCAGUUUUCUCUUUUCACCUCACGGAAGCCCUCAGCGUUUUCCCGCACUUUUGGAUGUUUUCUCAUCUUGCAUCCUCAUGUGAGGUUUUUUGUUGGUUUUUGUGUUUGGAUUUUGGCCCCACUGUGGUGGGGCAGUAAAAGUAACAAUGCCCCAGUUAUUUUUCUUUUUGGGGGGGGGGGGGUCCCUCUUCUGUGUUGUGUCAAGCCAAAGAAACUCCGCGCAUCCCAAAGGGAUGACAUCAGGGCAAAGAAACAGGCGAGAACCGAAUGAAAGGACGCUCUGCCAUGGUUGGUGAAAACUGCAAUCUAUCUACCUUGGUGUGUUCUGCCCAAAGAAACCGAAACCGUGCGUGGUCUGUGAUCCAAAUCGAUCCUUCUUCGUCGGACUGUUUUGUGUGAAGUUUACAGGAAAAUCGGUGUUUCGAAAAGAGAGGAAUUCGGAGAGCUUUUGGAAGCUUCUUGGGAAAAGAAACCGAAGAACAAACGAUCCUUUAAAAAUGUAGCAAUAAGAUUUGCUGACCAAAGUACCUUAAGUUACAGAGAGCGAAAGCUAGAGAGAUUAUAUA